GGAGGGGUCGAGAUUUUUGGCGAUAACAUCGAUGUUUCAACAAUCCCAUUAUAUAAAUAACGGCCGUACCCUGUUCUAGUUUAUUCACUCACACCUACUUUCGUCGUGAAUUCUCAUCUGAUUCUUCUUGUGUUUAGCCAUGUCUUGCUACAGAGGAAAGUACGCUGAUGAGCUUAUUAAAAACGCUGCAUACAUCGCCACACCCGGCAAGGGUAUCCUUGCUGCUGACGAGUCUACUGGAACAAUUGGCAAGCGUUUAGCCAGUAUCAGUGUGGAGAAUGUCGAGUCAAACCGACGUGCUCUCAGGGAGCUUCUUUUCACUGCUCCAGGUGCUCUUCAGUAUCUCAGCGGUGUUAUCCUCUUCGAGGAGACUCUAUAUCAGAAGACUGCUGCAGGCAAGCCUUUUGUCGAUGUCUUGAACGAGGGUGGUGUCCUUCCCGGAAUCAAGGUCGACAAGGGUACCGUCGAGCUUGCAGGCACCAACGGCGAGACCACAACCCAAGGCCUUGACGGGCUCGCUGACCGUUGCAAGAAAUACUACGAAGCCGGGGCUCGUUUUGCCAAAUGGAGAGCUGUUUUGAAGAUCGGUCCCACCGAACCAUCCCAGCUCGCCAUCAACGAAAACGCCAACGGCCUUGCACGGUACGCCAUCAUCUGCCAGGAGAAUGGUCUGGUGCCGAUUGUCGAGCCUGAGAUCCUCGUCGACGGGCCCCACGACAUCAACAAAUGCGCCGAUGUGACAGAGCGCGUCCUUGCUGCUUGCUACAAAGCUCUAAACGACCACCAUGUCCUCCUCGAGGGAACUCUCUUGAAGCCUAACAUGGUCACCCCUGGUUCUGACGCCAAGAAGGUCGCCCCCGAGGUUAUUGCCGAGCACACUGUCCGUGCUUUGCAAAGAACAAUGCCUGCUGCUGUCCCUGCAGUGGUGUUCUUGUCCGGUGGUCAGAGCGAGGAGGAGGCGACACUCAACCUUAACGCCAUGAACAAGCUCCCCGGCAAGAAGCCAUGGACGCUUUCUUUCUCGUUCGGACGUGCUCUCCAGCAGAGCACUCUCAAGGCGUGGGCUGGGAAAGAUGAGAAUAUCGGCAAAGCGCAGGCUGCAUUGCUUGCAAGGUGCAAGGCCAACUCUGAAGCAACUCUCGGAAAGUACGAGGGAGGCGGGGCUUUGAGCGAGGGCGCGGCCGAGAGCCUCCAUGUCAAGGAUUACAAGUACUAAGUUGUCUGCUGCUGAGAAGAAGACCAAUUUGGUUUGGAACUCCUUAUCCUUUAGUUAAAACUGAUGUUUUUAAUAAGCUUCAAAAGAAACAUAUGAUACUCUUUGAGACUCUUGAGUUUUUUGGCUGUCGUAUUCGCCGUUUUGCUGCUCGUAAUUUACUUGUCUCUCCCGGAUACUGUUUUCCAGUAAUCAGGUGUGAUUGUUUUUACCUUGUGUUUGUUGUUAUAAUUUGAAUCGUUUUUGCUUAUGGGAUAUUAAAUGAAUUUUAUUUAUUUGUGUUA